AUGGCCGGAACUGAUUCCAGCGUCGCACCGCCCGUGCUGUUGGGCCGGGCGACAGCGCGCGACGGGCGCCGGCUGACGAAGCCUUCGAUUCCGCAAGCUCCGGCUGCGGCACUCGGGGAAGAGUCAAUCACUGAACCGUGGUGCUGUGCCAAGGGCUGCUGCGUCUUGGUCAUCGUUCUCCUCAGCGCCUUCGGUGCACUGUAUGCUGGCCAGACAUACGACACCGGAGUCUGGGAACCGAGCAUCCCAUUUGGGGUUCUGCUCCUAUCUGCAGCAGUCGCGGGAUAUACCGCGAUAUGGGUGGGGCUUUCGGCACCGACGACUCAUAUUCGGGGAGCUGCUUGCUUUUUGGUACUUAACUGGAUGGAAGGCUUGGUGUCCAUCACCCUGGCUAUCUCGGUUGAUUCAGCCAUCUAUACCAUUCAUUCGUCGAGCUUCGGCAAUGCCGCUGAAGUGGAAAUGGAAAUCCAGCAGUCCCAUGCAGCGCGGUCCGUUCUCCUCUUCCUCCGGGUUCUGCUACUGUGUGCUGAGCUCAUCUGCCUGCAGCUGCUGAUCCAGCAUCGUCUGAAAAGCAUUUGGCCGGCUAUGAACCUGCCCCGUACAGCGACCUGGAUGGUGAGAGCACUGAGGAUGGAGACACUCUUUGCAUUGAUCGUUGCCGGCAUGACUACGUGUGUCUUCCUUGGUGUGGACAUUCCAGCUGCCUCGUUACUCGUUCUCUUCUUGCCGCCUUCUGUGGUGCUUUGUUGCUUCCUGCUGUGGGCACUGAUUGUGGCUUUUGUGAUGUGGCUGACAGCGGGAAUCUUCAAGAAAACUCAGAGCCUUGCCACAGCCAGUGGUGCCGGAAGGGAGGUCACUGAGCUGAUCAAGAAAUGUCGCAAGGGGGUUCGCUUGCAAAGCUCUGGUGUUCUGAUCAGCCUCGUCUCGACUGCGGGGCUUUGCAUCCUCGUUGGUGCAACAGCUUGCCAUGUGCUGAGCUUCCGCGAACCUCAGUGGGGUAAUCUCUCACAUGAAGAUACCCUUCAUGUGCUUCCGAAACAAUGGAUGCAAGUCAGCGUCGUGGCAUCUAUCGUCAAUGUGCUCUUGAACACCGCCGGUGCUGUUCUCCUGUCGGGCGCUUGUCGUGCUCGGCCGGGCACAGACCCACUGCCUGUAACGCGGCGCUGCCCACACAGAGCUACGUGUGGGCAGUGCCCGUGUCGUUUGCGCAGAGCACCAGGCUACUUGGAGAAAGGGGUCGGAUGGAGGACCAAAACCGAGGAACUUGCAGGCCGCGGCAUUUCUUUGCAGCAGCUCCUUGAGUUCUACAAUCUCCUCGGGAGUUCGGUCAUGCCAUCCUAUCAACCAGGCAGGCAUACAACAAAUGACGUCGUUCGGCUUGCCAUCAUCCCUCUGACCUCAGCCGCCAGCAGUUCGUAUGCAGAGAUGAUCAACAAUGCCAGACCUGUCAUUCCCGGAAAGAUGGUGACCCAUAACUGGUCGAAUCUUUUCAGGGACAUGCUUGCUGCGGUUCUUGCAGAUGCACUUGGGGAGCACACUUUCGAUUUCAUUGCGAGGCUGCUCAAUGACGGUCGUGUUGACCUGCUUGAGCAAAUUCUCCUGGCUCACGGGUGUUUGCAUGACACCUACUGGAUAUGUGCUUUUGCUGUGAAUCAACACGCGGGCAUCUGCGGAGGAAACCCACGUGGUGAUGUUGAUCCCGUGACGGGUCUUCUUCACCCUACCUGCUCAUGCGGAGCACCCAAGUACUUCAACCAGACGCCGCCUCUGACAGAAUCUGGGGCGAGCAUCAACUGUGAGAUGAACAAGUUCGACGACAUGAUGGAGUAUCUUGCCCACCAGGACCGAAGCUUCGCCGAAGUUGUGGCUGUGGAUGCCUGCUUCGACCUCUUCUCGCGGGCCUGGUGCAUCGCAGAGCUGGCUGAAGCCCGGCGCAUGGGAAUGGCACAAAGCUUGCAGCUCCAGAACAAGCAGACGCUGAUCGAAAGGCAGGCUUCCUUGCAGGACCUCCGUGUCGAGAACAUGCAGGCCAGUCGGCAAGAAGAUGUGGAGGAGAUUCUGGCGAAAAUCCCCGACGUCGCCGCAUUCAACACGAGGCUGCGUGAGCUCAUCUUUGACAGGAACGUCGGGCUUCUGUCUGCAUGGAAAGAUGCAGAUGCGCAGCAGCAGAUGGAGGAAGCCUCACAUGUCUUGAAGUGGGCCCGUCUCUCCCAAGAAGUGGAUGGCGGCGAAGCCAUCUGGAAAAGCUGGUGGCAGGGACCCAGAGGCACCAAUGGGUGGUCCGGGAGCUGCCCCUACGGCCACAAGUGCCGGUGCACGAUCCAGGGAAGUGCCGGAGGCCUGUUGUCCCAAAUGGCAAUUGCCGACUCCGCACGUCUCGGCUCACAUGCCCGGGACUCCACUCCAGUCCUUGUGAUUGCAGGUGAAAGCUCUGGCAAAGGAGCACCGAAGUCCUUCCAAUGCUUCGCGCAGUUGGUGAAGCUUUCCCCGCUACGUCUUCCUGCCACGGAGCAACGAGGCAUUCAGCUGAGCCAACUGGAGGCAUUGAUUCGAUUUUUGGCAGAAAGGUCCUGUCCCUAUGGCCUGGUCCCGUGGCGCGACCGCUGGGGCUCGAAGAUUGCCCUGAAGGACGUGAACCUUUACCACCUCGCUGACUGGGUAAUCUGUCCAUCCACCGCAGAGGACAAGUGCAGCUAUGUGGAGCUCAUCGCGUCUGACGCCGAGGCGCAGAAGCCCCACUGGUUUGUGUCCCAUGCCUGGCAAGAGCCGGUGCAAGACUUCCUCAGCUGCCUGCGUGGCCACGCCACGGUCCGACAACUGGAAGAGGCCAAGGUUGCCUACUGGGUCUGCGCUUAUGCCAACAACCAACACGAGCUGGGAAACGACCUUCGGUUUAACCCCCGGGAGACCUCCUUCUUCCGUGCAAUGCAACUCUGCGGCGGCGUCCUGCUGGUGCUGGACCCGCUUGCCACGCCGUUCGCGCGUGUUUGGUGCUGCUUUGAGCUCGCCAUGGCCCUGACGGACCUGGUGGCGCCCCAGGGUCGAUUCUUGCUGGACAUUGCCACGGUUAGUCAGGGAGCUGCUGAGCUUCUGACAGAUGGUAUGGUGCCGAGUGAACUGCACAACGAGCACUGCGUUUGUGCCGGGGCUGGUGGUAAGGCAAAAGCCAAGCGAGAGGAGACCUUCCCCAUUGAGCUAAUCCAGCGAGCACUGGAGAUCGACAUCGUCGCUGCUAGUGCCUCCAGGGAGGUGGACAAGCUCCGCAUCCUCAACAGCAUUGGUGGCCUUCCGGAGGAGGAGCUCGACACGAAUCUGCCCGAACCACUGCCGGAGGAGCGCAAGGAGAGUUAUCAAAGAGUAAACCGGUCGUUGCGCUCCAUUUUCGCGCUGGCGAGCGUGAGCCAGGUGGUGUCCAAAGACCUCAAGCAGCUGAUGCCAGCCAUUUGUCAGGCAUUGCAAGAGGACUCCUCCCGGAGAAGUGUCCACCUCUCGUUUGCCAACAGCCUCAAGUUCAAGGACGCGGACUUGCUGUGCAUCGCCCGAGCAUUGCCACCGAAUUUGACCGACCUCCUGCGAUUGGAUCUUCGAUCCUGCCACGGCCUCAGCGACGCCUCGAUUUUGGAGCUGGCCGGGGCCAUCGGGCGCCUCCGGGAGCUCCGGGCUCUCUUCCUGGACUUCUACAUGUGCGUUCGUUUGACCGACUCCUCUCUCCAUGAGAUCUUCGCCGUCAUGCAAGGCCUCGAGGAGAUGCGAGAGCUGGACCUGAACCUCCGGGGCCUCGUCAAGGUGAGCUGCGGCGUCCUCGCUCCGCUGACCGCAGCCCUGAAAACGAUGCCUUCACUGCGGAAGCUGCAUCUGAACUUGACGCAGACUCGCCAAACGGCAAAAGCUGCCGAACAGCUGACCCAAACGCUGGAGCAGCUGGCACAGCUGCAGAUCUUGAAGCUCUACUUCACAGACUGUCCCUUGGUGGACGAUACGGCUGCAAGCUCGCUGGGGAAGAGCCUUUGUGGCAAGGGCCUGCGCGAAAGCAUUCUCUGUUUUUCUGGCACAGCCAUCACAGACGCAGGGGUGGCCGGGCUUUGCCAGGGCCUGCGCGGCCUGCGGGAGAUGCAACGCGCGACGUUGCGCUUUCGGGGCUGCCACGGGCUCACCACGGCCUCGCUGCAGGAGCUGGGCGAAGCAAUGUCGGCUCUGCCGCUGCUGCAGAAGCUGGUGGUAGAGACUGGCAAGUGCCGGCAGCUCCCAAGAAGCCACGCGCGGCGCUAUGCCGGUCCAUGCGAGCAGGUGCUAGCGAGCCCCGCCUUCCAGAGAGGAGUUCCUGACGUACCAGACCAAGUCUCAGAUCCAAGCUGCUCGCCGAGCAGCUGUGCCUCGCAGCCCUUGGACUCCAAGGCGGAGACUGUGGUGCGGUUAUUCCAAGAAACCGGAGCCCUUGAAGCCGACGACCUCUAUGCGGUGCUCAGAGCACUGGAGCCAACACUUUCGCAGGAGAGCUUCGAGCAACUCCAGAGGGCGGCGGAGUCCAAGGACGCGGAGCAAGUCCUACGCUCCUCGGCCUCCGGGGCAGGGCUUUCAAAGGGGGUACUUUGCAAUCCCGUCCAGGCCGUGAAGUUCACGCAGGAAGAUCUCCAGGAUCUCGCUCCGGAGAACGUUAACGAGUCACUUUCCGCGGCUCUGAUCCUUCGCUCCUCCCGCGUCGCGGAGGAGGUGAGUCGGUCCCAGGAUCAGGACCUGGACGCGGUGGUGUCCGCGAAGUUUUUCGACGCAAUUGCUGGUGGGUUCGAAGAUCUCGGCAAGAAGCUGGAAAAGGUCGGCUUGAAAGCUGGGGAAGCCGCUGGCAAUGCCGCCAUGGUGGUCGGGGACCAUGUCAUCGAAGCUGCAAAAGCCCAUGUGGAUUCCUUGCCACUCGACAUCAAGCAGAUGGCGGAGGAUCUGGGCAGAACGGCCGAGGACAUGGCUGAUGGAAUCAAGGACGCAGGUAAAACGCUUGAGCAGGGUGUGGUUGAUCUGGCGGGCGAUGCCCUGGUGCAUGCAGAGGGCCUCGCCGAGCAAGGACAAAUGCUGGCCACCCAAGUUGGCACAAAAAUUGGCAACGACAUCGCAGCAGCAGCUCAUGCGGUGGGAGAUUCGGUGCAAGAGCUGGAGAAGCUGGGCCCGCUUGCCAUGGCUGUCGCGAAAGAAACCUGGGAUCAAAUCAAGAAGUUCGUGAACUGCCUGGACAACAACGGCCUGAUGUGUCCGAUCUUGCUUGGCGACCGCUGCGAUUGCCCUUCUGGAAGCUCUGUCAGGUUCGACGGUGGGGAGUUGGUCUUGAAGUGCAUCAUUGGCAAGUCUGCGGGAUUUGGCAUGGGUUUCGGCUUCAAGGCGAAGCCGGGACAGGCAUUUGGCCCGAAGAAGCUUGGCAAGCUGCAGCUCCCCGGCGAGCUCUUCGAGGAGAAGAAGGCGGAGGUCAAGCAAGCUUUCAAAAAGCAGAAAGGUGGCUUGAAGAACAAGAUGUCGUCAGCUCCCACCGGAUCUUGCGAGACAAGUAUAGACAUGGCAAUUGAGGGCCAUGUGCAAAAUGCUCUGACCUUUGAAAUGAGCACCAACGGCCCAGAGUCGACGAUCAAAGUCUCAGGCGCCAUUGGCGUCUCCUUGGAUGGGAUGAUCAAGGCCCAGGGCAGCUGCAAGCUCACAGCCGAGAAGCGCUUCCCCAAGAAGCCCAAGAAGAAGAUCGUUUGCUACAAAGCUUUCUGCAUCGUGAUCAUGGUUCAGAUGGUCGCACAGCUCGAGGUCAAUGGGGUCCUAACUGGCACCGUCGAGAUGGGUGCGGAGGUGGCAUUCGAGAUCUCAGGCUCCGUCACGCUCGACAAGACCACGGGCAAAGCCACCGCAGAGUUCCAGGCUCCCUCCGUCGAUCGCCAGGCGGCUUUCGCCAUGGGGGCCAGUGCCUUCGCCUCGCUGCGCCUGGGCGCGGGACCCUUCAUCGUGAUCUUUCCCGUGCCGGGCGCGCCCGUGAACUUCAACCCAAUGCUCAAUCUGGAGCUCCGGGCGCAAGGCGACAUCAAGUAUGGACCUGCCGGCCUCUUCCUGAUCCAGGAGCCUGAAGCUUCGCCUCUAUCAAACUUCAGCUUGGUGGCGGGGAGUGAGGCGUACCAGGACGCAGCUUCUUCGAAGAGCAGCUCCGACUCUUCGAUGCUGAAGCUCUGCGCUGCUGCAGCGCUGAAUAUCUACAUCGACACCGGCAUCACAGCCUUUGGACUGCCGGUGGAUUUCGACUUCAGCUUCACCCCCCGGGACAUUAUCAAGGAACUCAUGAGCUCCUUCACGAAAGGCGCGACGAUGGCGCUGCAGGCUAUGAAUGCUGUCGCGGGUUGCGUCCCGGGUCUCGACAAAGUCAGCGAAGUUGCCACGAACGGCCUGAAGAAAGCAGCCGAAACAGCCGCCGACGCAGUCACCUCCAUAAUCCCGGACCUGAAUCUCGACUUCAGCGGCAAGCCCGUCGCGCUGGCUGUGGAGAAAAUCUUCUGUGUGGAAGCAUACACGACACCCGGUUUUUCUACCUCUCCGUGCGCGCGAGAGCUUGGAUGCAAGCAUGUAGGCAGGCUGCCUUCAUCCGACGCUGAGAUUACGAGAAUUCUGCCAAAGAAAACAGCAAUGCCGAGCGUGAAAAAGUUUAUCGACAAGCGGCAGUUGAUCCAUGAGCUCGGACUGGGCGAAAACUUCAUCGAGUUGGGCAACUUCCGCCUGGGAGCCAUAGACAACGAUCACUUCUCGAUUUCCCAUUGCACCGGCAACGUCGCCAACAGACAGUACAAACCUUGGAAUAUGGAUGGACAAGGCGUGACCGUCGAACCUGACUGGGUGGCAUGUCAGAAGAGAUGCAAAAGUGUCGUGGGCUGUGCGCAUUUCACUUUCUGGCCGAGUGGUAACUGCCGCUUGCACAACAGUGGGGCGCUCAGCCAUUUUGAUGCCUGGAGUGGCAUCACAGGCCCGCCCAGUCAUUCGCAGGCUGAGUGCACGACAAUUCAGAUCUGGCGCGCUGACGGCACCAACCACUACGGCCCAAGAGCCGAUUUCGGGGCCUGGCGCGACGUACACGGCAACCUGCGGCCGCGGACGCCCAGCGGUCAUUCUGUCGGAAUCCACUUCGGCUUCGAGUUCAUCCAGAUCGGGCAAUUCCGGCUUGGUGCUGCCGACGAUACUCACUUCACGAUUUCGCACAGCAAUGGCAACACCAACGAGAUCUUCAGAGAUGAUGGCCUCGUAUGUUGUCACGGAUACAAGGAUUUCGGAACCUGGGAUCGUCCUGUUGGAGCGCCUAUGGGCAUUACCUAUGGCGACAGAUUCCUCCAGCUGGGCGACUUUCGGAUUGCAGACGAAGAAGGCGUGAGGUUCGUCAUCUCCAGCGUCAAGACGAAGAAGAUUCUCCAGGUCUUUGACAGCAGGGACGGAAAGUUGCAUCCGAACAAUCACGGAGGCUACACCGCGUUCUCCAAUGUCAAUCGGGCACCAGCACACUACACUGUCAAGGACAUCGGAGUAACCGCGUUUGGACCUUGUGAUCCCGAAUUUGCGGCUUUUGGAGAUCGGUUCAUCCAGUUAGGCAACUGGCGCAUGGGGAUCUUCGACGACCGUCAUUUCACGAUCGCUCACAAGGACGGGAGGACCCCCGAGAUCUUGACAUCGGACGGAGUGGUACACGCCAAUUUCCCCAGCUCCAUCUUUAACACCUGGAACAGGCCUCUCGGAUAUCCCUCGGGCAUCGUCUUCGGACAUCAGUUCAUACAGAUGGGAAACUGGCGCGUGGCGGCGAUCGACGACACACAUCUCAGCAUCUCGCAUAAAGAUGGCCAGACGUCGAAGAUCUACUCGUCUACGGGGCACAUCACUCAUGGCCCGACGACGGCGCACAAUGCGUGGUCAAGGCCCAUCGGAGCUGCCUCAGGUGUCACCUUCGGCGAACGAUUCAUACAGAUCGGUAAGUUCCGAAUCGGUGACGCUGAUGGACUUCAUCUCGCCACUACCUACCUCUCCGGCGUCCCUGGUGGAACCUCGCUCUUCCUGCAUGCAAAUUGGGGUUGGUGUGGCACCAUCAACAAGCACCUGUACGGACCCACAGUCAACGCCCGCCAUGCGCACUGGCACUGCGGCAGCUUGCAGGCUAACAUGGGCUCCUGCCCGGGUAUUGUCACAGGUGAUGAUUUCAUGCAGAUCGGGCAGUGGCGGCUUGCUGCAGAUGGCGCCGCGUUCUCGGUGUCGCACAUCGAUGGACAGGCCAAGACGUUUUCGGCGGGAAGCUUGCUUCAAAGCAACGAGUCUGUCACGGAAGCCACGGCGAGUACGACGGCGAGUCUGCUUCAAGCCAAUGGCUCGCUCAUGGUCGCUGGCGUGUGGAGCCGUCAACCAAUGGCAGCGGCGAGCAACAAGAGAGUUCAGUUUGGAGAUCGAGUGAUCCAGAUUGGCCAGUGGCGGCUGGGUGACGUGGAUGGGAACCAUUUCAGCAUCUCCCAUUCAAGCUUGAAGACCCUGGUCAUCUAUCGAUCCAACAGUGCCGAUGAUCCGCAUCCCGUGCACUCGGGGGCUCGCGCGGAUUGGGGUCUGUGGGGGGGUCCGGCCUCCAGGAACCCCCCGAUGGAUGAAUCCAUGGGUGUGAGCUUUGGCGACCGCUUCGUGCAGAUCGGGAACUUCCGGCUCGGGGACGUGGAUGGCAAGCACUUCUCCGUGGCACACGCCGGGACCGGCAAGACGUUGAUGGUCUUCCAAAGCGACGGGAACCACGGACAUCACCAUUGCCCCCGCGAUGACUUCACGACCUUGGGCCGAUCCAUGGAGCAGUGCCAGGAGAUGGAGCCGUGA